AUAACUCCAGCAGUGCCAAGUCAGACAUGGACAUGGCCUACGAAAGGGCCAGGGUGCACCUUGUCUCUGAGGACACUGCCAGCAGCCCUGUGGUGGGCAAGUCAAUAUUGAAGAAGACUGUGACAGUGACAGAAACUCCUUCAGCAGUUUUCCAUUACAGUGAUGUGCAGGAUUCCUGUAACACCAAACAUAUUGAUGCCAUUGUGGAAGCAGCAAAGAAAGACCUUUCAACCUUGAUGAAACUUGAUAAUCCUGCACUGUUGAAUGGCAAAGUGACACUGCAUCAGGUUACUGCUGGCACUGUGCUGUCGAGGCAAGGAGAUCAGGAUGUUAACGUUUGCUUUGUGGUCUCGGGGAUGCUCCAUGUGUACCAGAGGAAGAUAGACUCUGAGGAGGACACCUGCCUCUUCAUAACCCACCCUGGGGAGCUCGUAGGCCAACUCGCCGUCCUCACCGGGGAACCACUCAUCUUCACCAUCAAGGCCAACAGAGACUGCAGCUUCCUCUCCAUUUCCAAGUCCCAUUUCUAUGAGAUAAUGAGGGAGCAGCCCAGUGUGGUUCUGGGGGUGGCCCACACUGUUGUGAAGAGGAUGUCCCCGUUCGUUAGGCAAAUUGACUUCGCCCUGGACUGGAUGGAAGUUGAGGCAGGAAGAGCUGUUUACAGGCAGGGAGACAAGUCUGACUGCACAUACAUCGUGCUGAACGGUCGCCUGCGCUCAGUCUUACGCAUGGAUGAUGGGAAGAAACACCUGACCGGAGAGUACGGCCGAGGGGACCUCAUUGGAGUGGUAGAGGCACUGACCCACCAGCCCAGAGCCACCACCGUGCACGCGGUCAGGGACUCGGAGCUCGCCAAGCUCCCGGAGGGAGCUCUGAUAUCCAUCAAACGCAAAUUCCCACAGGUUGUGACUAGACUUAUUCACUUGCUGGGUGAGAAGAUUCUUGGCAGUCUGCAGCAGGGAGGUCAUCCUCUUGGAUUACACAGCUCCAGCAGCAAGUGGGAUGCAGGAAAUCCUGCCAGCAACCUCUCCACUGUGGCAAUCAUGCCAGUGUCUGAAGAGGUGCCACUGACAGCCUUCACUCUGGAGCUCAAGCAUGCUCUCAGUGCUGUGGGUCCUGCCCUGCUGCUCACCAGUGACAACAUCAAGCAGCGAUUGGGUUCUGCUGCGCUCGACAGUAUCCACGAGUACCGCCUGACCAGCUGGCUGGGCCAGCAGGAGGACAUCCACCGCAUCGUGCUCUACCAGGCCGACAGCACCCUGACCCCCUGGACCCAGCGCUGCAUCCGCCAGGCUGACUGCAUCCUCAUCGUGGGGCUGGGAGACCAGGAGCCUACAGUGGGAGAGCUGGAGAGGAUGCUGGAGAACACUGCAGUGCGAGCCCAGAAGCAGCUCAUCCUGCUCCAUAAGGAGGAUGGACCUCUCCCUUCCCGAACUGUGGAAUGGCUCAACAUGAGGAGCUGGUGUUCUGCUCAUCUCCAUCUCCACUGCCCACGCAGAGUCUUUUCCAGAAGGAGCCUGCCCAAGCUGAUAGAGAUGUAUGAACGUGUGUUCCAGAAGCCUCCAGACCGUCACUCCGACUUCUCCCGCCUGGCUCGUGUCCUGACUGGCAACGCCAUCGCGCUGGUGCUCGGGGGUGGAGGGGCAAGGGGCUGCUCCCAGGUGGGUGUGAUCAGAGCCCUGAUUGAAGCUGGAAUCCCAGUGGAUAUGAUUGGAGGAACAUCCAUUGGCGCCUUCAUGAGCGCCUUGUACGCCGAGGAGCGCAGCUACAACCAGAUGAGGAUCAAAGCUCGCCAGUGGGCCAUGGUUAUGAACUCAGUGUUUAAGACUAUUCUAGACCUGACAUACCCAAUAACCUCUAUGUUCUCUGGAGCAGCUUUUAACAGCAGCAUCAACAACAUCUUCAAAGAUAAGCAGAUAGAGGACCUGUGGAUUCCUUACUUCACCAUCACCACUGACAUCACUGCCUCAGCCAUGAGGGUCCACAGGGAUGGCUCUCUGUGGAGGUAUGUCCGUGCCAGCAUGUCCCUCUCGGGGUACAUGCCUCCACUCUGUGACCCCAAGGAUGGCCAUCUCCUGAUGGAUGGAGGCUACAUCAACAACCUUCCAGCUGAUGUUGCCAGGUCCAUGGGUGCCAAGGUGGUGAUUGCCAUCGACGUGGGCAGCCGCGACGAGACAGACCUCACCAACUACGGCGACUGCUUGUCUGGCUGGUGGCUGCUCUGGAAGAGGUGGAAUCCACUGGCUGAGAAAGUCAAGGUGCUGAACAUGGCCGAGAUCCAGACACGGUUGGCCUACGUGUGCUGCGUGAGGCAGCUGGAGAUGGUGAAGAACAGCGACUACUGCGAGUACAUCCGUCCCCCCAUCGACCGCUACGGCACCCUGGACUUCGGCAAGUUCGACGAGAUCUGUGAAGUGGGCUAUCAGCAUGGGAAAACUGUGUUUAAUGUCUGGUGCAGGAGUGGAGUCCUUGACAAGAUGCUGAAGGACAGGCAAGAGACCUGCAAGUCCAAAACUGAUAACGUGACCUGUCCCACCACCUCCUUCACGGACCUGGCAGAGAUCGUGUCCCGCAUCGAGCCCGUGAAGGCGCCCGUGGCAGACGAUGAGUCAGACUACCAGACUGAGUACGAGGAAGAAAUUCUGGACAAUCAGAAGGAUGAUUAUCUCGAUUUUAUAAGCAACCAGGGUGAAGAAGACUCUGACUCGGAUGAAGACAUGCAGCUGAGAAAGCGCAGGAGUGUCCCCAGCACGGACAGCCAGGCAAGCAGCACGGGAGAGCCAGGCUAG